AGGCCCCGCCCCGAGGCGUUGAGGCGCCGCGGCGGGCGGCGUGGUGCGGCGCGGAUGGAGGCGGGCGGCGGCGCCGAGCAGGGAGAUGGCGGCUGCCGGGGUUUCCUGUACUACGCGUACGGCAGCAACCUGCUGCGGGAGCGGCUGCUGCUCCGCAACCCCUCGGCGCAGCUCUGCGCCCCGGCGCGCCUGCAGGAUUUUAAGCUCGAGUUUGGCCAUCAUCAAGGCAGGACAAGUUCUGUCUGGCAUGGAGGUACUGCUACCAUUGUUCAGAGCCCUGGAGACGAAGUAUGGGGAAUAGUGUGGAAAAUGAACACUAGCAAUUUAAGUUCACUGGAUAAGCAAGAGGGAGUUGAAGAUGGCAUUUAUGUCCCGAUAGAAGUUCAUGUCCAUACUGAAGCAGGAAAGGUGCUGACCUGUCGGAGCUACCAGAUGAAGGACUAUGUCUGUGGUCCUCCUUCUCCUCAGUAUAAAAAGGUUAUUUGCAUGGGUGCAAACCAGAAUGGCUUGCCAACUGACUAUCAGAAGAAACUGGAAGCUAUUGAAACUAAUAACUAUGCAGGGCCAGUGCCAAUCAUGGAAGAAAUUGAAGCUGCUAUUAAAGCAAAGAAAAUAAAUUCUGCGUAGAAUACAUCUGCACUUGCUUGGUCAUUCACCUUGAUUUAGAUACCUGUCCUUACUGGGCUGAUCAGCAGUUUCUUUAUGUAUCAAGAAAAGAUGAGUUUGCUGUGCAUCUACAGUAAAGCCAUUAGACAUAAUUUGCAGUCUGAAGACACACUGACAUUGGUAACUUCAGUUCUGUGUAUGUAUGACUUGAGUACACACUGAAGCUUUUGCAGAUUUAGAAAUUAUCUUUCUGUAAUUAUCAGUGUUGCACAUGUAUUUGUAUCCUGUUGACCUUAAAAGAAAAAGGCUGUCUCAGUGAGUAUUGGCAUCUGUUGCCUUCUGAAGAAUAAGGGCUGCAGGAUCGGGCCCUUUGUUCUUAAAUAUUGUAUGCAUAAUUAUCAAGAAUUUAAAGAUUUGUUAGAUGCCAAGUAGACUCAAAACUCUAAACCAAGACUAAACUUUUUCCUUUGCUGCCUCUCUUAAUGGUUUAGAGUCCAGUCUAUCUGAAGCUAUGGUUUUCCUGUUUCUGUUUAUAUAGUUAACAAAGAAAGAAAAGUAACAGUUAAAAAAACCUAUCUUCAUAUUAUUAAGUGUUAGUUCAAAAGGCAACCCAGGCCUGAAGACAACAUUCAGCAAAGGAUCUCAUUCGAAGUAUAAUGGCCUCCUCCUUUAUGUCUAUUAAUCAUCAGAACUGAACUGGUUAGCUAGAACCACCAGAUUUUAUAGGAUUCAUUUUAGUUAGAUAAUGCUAGGGUUUUUUUAAUUACCUUUUUGACUGGCUUGUUGCUUAUCUAGUCCUUGGUCUCAUGUCCAGUGAAACUGGGAAGUCUCCUGUAAGUUCUAGUGCAUUUGUCAUUGUUUUGGUUGUCUGUUAAACCCCGGAUCAACAAACUUGGCCUCUUCUUUUUUUUUCUUUUUUUUUUUUUUCCCCCACAGCUUUGACAAUCUGCAAAACUGGAAGCCCUUGUAAGGUUUAGAGUACUUAUCUUCAAGGUACUUGGCAACUUUUGUAGGUAAUCUGUGGGGGACAUAUUAAAAAUGACAGCCUGGAAGAUGUCAAACAACUGAACUUUGGCUUAUCUUCUGUACAGUGUAUUUUUUUCUUUCGAUGUACAGAGGGUGUGAGAUACAAUCAGCGUCACUGUGUGACUAGAGAAACAAAUGACAAAAUAACAGACUUGCCAUGUCUUCUCUGCAUAAAGUUAUUUUGUAAACUACUUCUGCCAGGGAAGUAUAGGUGCUGUCCUGAUGUCGUAUGCCCCCAUGGUUGGGCACAGUGGCUACAGUGAAAACAUGGUACUUUCUGCAAUAGCACUAUCUAGUCUGAAACUGCGUAAAUAAAACUGUGAUUA